UCAAAAUUGCUUAGUUGACAUACAUGAUAUCUAUGAUAUUUUAUUACAAUUAGCCUUAGUUUGUGCGUACGUCUGUCUGAGCAGCUAAUUAAGCAAGCUUUUUUUAACUCUAAGCGAUGAUGACAGGGGAAGAAAGUGUCUUCAAGAUGAUAGAAAUAUAUACGCCCACCCAACAAGCUAUGAGCAAGCAAGCAAAAGCUAGCAGGAGAUGGCAAUGGUGGACGCCGAGGCUCCCUUUCUCGAGGCCAGGGAGGAGCCGCUGGCCGGCGUCUCCGACUUCCGCGGCCGCCCCGUCUACCACGCCACCUCAGGCGGGUGGCGCUCCGCCAUCUUCGUCGCCGUGGUGGAGGGCGCCGGCAGCUUCGCCUACUACGGCGUGUCGGCUAAUCUGAUCACGUACUUGACGGGGCCGCUCGGCCACUCCAACGCUGCGGCAGCUGCGGCUGUGAACGUCUGGACGGGGACGGCCAGGCUCUUGCCACUGUUAGGCGCCUUUGUCGCCGACUCCUGGCUAGGCCGCUACCGCUCCAUCAUCCUCGCCUGCACCCUCUACGUCCUGGGUUACGGCAUGAUCACUCUAGCAUCCACGCUCCUUGCUCAGCAACCGUCACUAACCCUGGACAAUGACUCCUCUCCGCGUCCUUUGUCGUUGCAAGUGGCCUUCUUCUACGCCUCCCUCUAUCUCAUCGCCUUCGCACAGGGUGCUGACAAGCCUUGUGGCCUUUCCUUUACCGCCGAUCAAUUUGACCCUGACCACCCUAGCGAAUGCGCAGCCCGCAGCUCCUUUUUCAAUUGGUGGCACUUUUCCAUAGCCGUUGGUAUAGGUAUCGCCAUUAAUGUCGUAAGCUAUAUCCAAGAGAAUUUUGGUUGGGGAAUUGGUUUUGGCAUGCUAUGCACCGUAAUGAUUUGCGCCUUCGUCGUGUUCCUCCUUGGCAUUCCUACCUACCGCCUCCACAUGUCCAUCGCUGGCUGCGGUAGCCCCUUUGCCCGUCUCGGCCGUAGUUUCAUUACUCUUGCCAAGAACUCAAGCUUCUUCUUCCGCACUAAAAGACACCAAAAUGAAGAUGAAGAUGUCACAAGAAACUUGGAGGAGGCACGUGGCAUGCUAAGGCUAUUGCCAAUCUGGGUUGCAUGCCUAGCAUUUGGCGUGGUGUUCGCGCAAAUAACUACACUCUUUAACAAGCAGGGCUGUACCCUUGAUCGUCGUAUCUUUGGCGGCCUAGAGGUACCAUCAGCCACGUUGCAAACGUUCUGGCCAGCAGCCGUCCUAUUGUUCGUGCCUCUCUACGACCGUGUUCUAGUGCCGGCAUUGCGUUGCGUGACAGGCAUCCCAUCAGGACUGACGCUGCUGCAGCGAAUAGGCACGGGCAUGGCCGUGUCGCUAGCCGCCAUGUGUGUGGCGGCGUUGGUGGAGGCUCGGAGGCUAGAGAUGGCGCGGCAACACGAACUGGUUGACGAUGGUGGUGCGACAGUGCCGAUGAGCUGGGCAUGGCUAGUGCCACAGUACAUGAUGGUCGGGGUGGCGGAUGUGUUCGUGAUAGUUGGGAUGCAGGAGUUCUUCUAUGACCAGAUGCCUAAAGAGCUUCGUAGCCUUGGGAUAGCGCUCUACUGCAGUGUGAUUGGCGUUGGCGGCUUCAUAAGUGGCGCUCUCAUUUCACUCAUUGACCGCAUCACCCGUAGCGAUGGCGGCGACAGCUGGUUUUCUGAUAAUCUCAAUCGCGCCCACCUCGACUACUUCUACUGGGUGCUCGCCGGCCUCAGCGCCACCGAGCUUGUGCUCUACAUCUAUUUCGCUAGAUCCUACGUCUACAAGGACAAAAGAGACCGUGCAGAGUGACAACCUAGAAUUAGGAGUGGUUGUAUUUAUGCAUCGAUCGAUGUAGUGGAUGAUCAGCAAACAUAUUUUUUUUACUCCACUGGACUGUGGUAACUUAUGUGGUAUUUGAAGAAUAUGUAUCUUUGGUUGGUUUAUAUGAUACCUGUUUACGUUUUAGUUUUUCUGCUGGAUCGCACUUGGCUUUGUAAUAAACUUGUGCAUGUAUAAAAAGCAAUAAAACCUUUCCUUUACAAGGAAAACCCGAUCGGUAAAGAAGC